AUGGCGUCUAUCGCGCCUUCUGUGUCAAUCUCGACCACAAACACAUCUUUUUCGUCUUCGGGAUCGACAAGCGAUGAAGCCACUCGCUCGAAGAAACGCUUAGAGUCAACAAUUUUCCCACUUUUCAGUGAAAUGUCAAGGUUUGCAAAUAUUCCACGUUUUGUUCUCCAUAUCGAGCUUUUCAUUUCACUCCUUCAAUCAGCCAUAUCAUCAUUAUGGAUUCCAUCAUCAAUUCGAUGGCCAGACGCCCCAACAUUUUUCAAAGGUUUAGUAAGCAUCGUUGAUUUUGGACAAACAAUCGGAGGAACCUUAUCCCAUACAAUAGUUUCAGCCAUCGAAGCUGCCAUUUCAAUUAUAAUUCUUGGAAUUUACAUUAUUUGUUACUUCUCAUACGCAAAAAAGCGCACGUAUCAAAAAUGGCAAUUAUAUUUACUUAGAGUUUUACUUUUAAUUAUACUACCUCUCAUUCUUCCAGCUGUUGCCGCUUCAUCUGCUUACUCUUUUGUAGAUUUGUUAGAUGAUCCUACACCACAGGCAAUCGUGUUUUCAUUUGUAGAUAUCAUAAUGCUAUUCGCUUUAAGCUUAGUCUUUUAUUAUUCAAACGGAUUCACCGUAAAAUCACCAAUUGUCAUUCGCAACAACUGCGGUCAAUGGAACCACAAUCUUAUUCCAUUCUUCAUGUUCACUACUCUAGUUUCAACCUUCUUAUCCGUUUUCGUCGACGAAUUUCCAAACUGGAUUUCCACAAUUCUCGGGCUUUGUCUUGUUGCAUCCUGCUGCUAUUGCAUCUACAAGCUUACAGAAUACCCAAUCUACAGGUUUGAAUGCACUCUUAUCUAUUCAGCAACUUUCUUCUUCUCGGGCAUCGCCUUUUUGAUUGCUAUUAUCGAUACAUACGUCAAGUUCCCAUGGUACGUCAUCCUCUUCGUACCAGUAGUCCUUUCUCCAAUUUGCGCCGUUUGUUAUAACAUUUAUUUGAAGAAAGGUUAUAUUGCAAUCAAGAACAAACUCAUCUACAAAGCUAUCAGACUCGGAAACGAUAUCUCCGAUAGUGAAAAAACGGAGUAUUUCGAAACAUUUGUUUUCAAAAAUACAAAAGAUGCGAUCAGAUACCUUCACAUCGGUCUUGUUGAACGCUGUGACUUAUUACUCGAUUUCUCAUUCAUCAGAUAUAUCGUUACUAACUACGCAGAGAAGACAAUUCUCGAAGCCGUUAUUCAGAUCGUUUCUUUCUUCCCAAGCGAGCUCCAGUUGCUCACAUCCCUUCUUGUCAACCUCAGCAACAUCAGAGACCCAAGUCUCAUCGAGCAAUUCCUUAUUUAUCAGGUCACAAAGAUUCAUUUGACCCGUCAAAGUGCAGUUUCUAACGAUGCAAGGAACCACAUUGCUGUUCUCCGUAACAAGGCCCAGAAAGUAACAGCAAUGGUCAGAUGUUUCUGGUCUUCGAUUGCAACUGUUGGGUCAAAGGACAUUUCCAUGGAGACAUACCACUAUGUACAUACCGAAUCCAUGAAUAUCGAUAGCGCUUUCGGUGAUUCUACGGAAAGAUUCCCAUCAAAUGCCUCAUUAUGCGAAGAAUACGCUACAUUCCUGGUCGAAGCACUUGGUAAUUACCAUUCCGCCCUCAGAUGGAAGUCAAUGGCCGCAUCUGUUGAAAUCGGCAGAAAAAUACCAAAAGAUCCUUGCUUCCAAUCCAUUGUUAACGUUGUUCCUGAGCUUCUUUUCGAGCACUGUGUUGAUAUCAACGGCCAAUUCAUCAAGAAAGGACCUGAUGCAGGCAACAACAAAGAUGCAAAUGCAAAGAAUUCUUUCUCUUCGUCCGGAUCAUUCUCAUCAUCAAGUAUGAGUGCUGGCUUUGAGGCCAAGAAAGAAGAACACCCCUCAAACUUCCUCAAAGACGGAAUAAUUCGCUUGGCAUUGCAAUCCGCUCUCAGAAAAGGUCAUUUGAAGAUGAUCCAGUCCCUCAAAUACUUCAUGUUCAUCUCAUUAAUCACGUUCAUUGUUGUUUUCAUCAUCAUUUUCAUUAUUGUUCCUUAUAUCGCCGAAUCAUCUCUUUCAAACGUCCUUGAAAACCAGAAUUUCGCCAGAGCAUCUGCAUCUUUCAUCGAAAUGACAACAGGUGCCGGCUUCCUUCUCGCGAAAUACGGUUCAAACCUUUCAGAUCCGAAAACAAUUCUUUACGAUGUUGAUUCCAACGUCAACAAGUACUUAAAUACCAGUGAUCUUCCAUCAGACGGCAUCUUCAAGCAGCCAGAACUAUGGACACACCGUCAAACAUUGACAGUUGUCGACUCAUUGACAAAUGUUUUGAGUUCAAUUGUUCAAGGAGAUUCAUCACGAGACACAAUUGUCUCAGAAUAUAUCAAUGGAAGUGCUGUUCUCUCUGGAUUCGGAAAUGAUGGUAAGACAACAUAUGUCAACAUGUCCAUCAAAGAUGCAUUAAAUGGUGUCAUCAACAAUGUCAAGUUUGGACUUGGAAUUUCACCAAUACAAGCUAAAGAAAACCAAAACAACGGCACAUUCGCAUCAAUUCUCAAAACCGCUGUAAUUAAUGGUGUAAAUCUUCCUCCUUUCAUGUUGAAGAUUUCUGAAAUGCUUAAUGAUGAUGGUUAUGCUAAUGUCAAACAAGUAAGAACAAUUAUUUAUGUUCUUUCUUACGCAUUACCAAUAUUGUUAUUAAUUGUUUUCGAAGCAUUUGCAGGAUAUGUAAUUUAUUACUUUGUAUCUGAUAUCCACAGAAUUUCUGCAACAUUGAGAACAGUUAAACCAGAUAUAAUCAAAGAGAGUGUUAUGCCAAUUAUCAAAUCAUCUGGUGAGAAACCAUUGGAUUCAGGAGGUUCAUUGAAUAUGCAUAUGAGUGAAUCUCUUAAGACAUUAAUUCCUUUCGUUGUUAUUUUAUACGUCAUUGCUUCAUGUUUAGUUAUUUUGUUCUCUACGAAUAUUUUCAGUGAAUUGGAUUCAUUCCAACAAGUAUUUGAGCUUUAUAAGUAUUCAUCGAACAGACACACAUAUAUCUAUCAUUUCGUGAAUACAAUGAUAUCCUACGCAAUGGGACAAAUCAACCAAUCAGUUGCUGCUGAAAUCCUUGAAGAAGAUCAUUCAAUUGUUGAUAACGCACAUAAAGUUUUGAUGAAUGCUGGUAUUGGUUAUGAUGAUUCCCUUGAUACUUUACAGUUAUCUGCUAACUGUUCUAACUUAACAAGUACAGAUCCAACAAGGAAUCCUAUGAGAGCUGUCUCUUGCCAAUCAAUGGAUAAGAAAGUCAAUUAUAUCAUCAUUUUGAUGAAGAACAGAUAUUCAAGACUUUCUGCUAAUGCAUCAACAGUUUUGUCUGAUUCAGAAAUGUUCACAGAAACAAUGUAUAUGAUGUAUGAUGGUUUGUUAGAUCAGUUGAACUCAUUCAAUGAUAGAUUGGCUGAUGAAGGUUCAAGUAAGGCAAGUGAUAUGAUCUUGAGAUGCAGAGUUAUCAUCAUUGUUGGUAUCAUUAUUGAUAUCGCCGUUUUCAUCAUUUUGUAUAUGUGUUACAGUCAUUUGACAGUUAUGUUUGAUGGUGUCAAACAGUUGAUCUCUUUGUUACCGCCAAGAGCUGUUUUAUCCAAUAAGAUGCUCUUGGACUUAGUACUUGGAGAGGACCCACACAUGGAUGAUGCAGUCAUGACAUUCGGUGAAACAAUGAUUGCUUCAUCAUCAAAUGUAAUUUUGUCAUUGACACCAAGUUUGAUCAUUGAAUCAGCAAAUCCAGCUCUUAAGCAAGUCACUGGCUACUCAAGUGAUGUCAUCAACCAUCAGCCAUUCACACAGUUGCUUCCUGACGCAGGUGCAAACAACACAAAUGGUCCUUUGUCCGGCGAAGAACAUACAAUUUCUGUUUCUACAACAGUCGGUGAAAGUGAAAUGUCACUUUUCUAUAAAGAUAUUGAAAGAAUCAGGACUGAUAAGGAUUUCCAUUCCUUCUCAAGACAAGUUGUAUUAAUCGGUGAGAGCGGUGAAGGAAUUCCUGUUCAAUGCACAGUUAUCGCUGUCAGAGAUGAACAAGGAGAAUUGACAUCAAUCAUCGUUGAAGCAGUAGAUAGAACAAAAAUUUUGGAGCAAAAGGAACAGGCAAGACAAGCAAAGAGAAGAGCAGCAAAGAUGCUUAAAGGAAUAUUACCAUUAGAUGCUUACAGAUCCAUUAAAUCAGGUCAGGAAUCAGUUUUCACAAGUGAUUCAGUUGUUGUUUCAAUGAUUUCCAUCGAAGGAAUUUCCGAACUUAUUUCUGUAAUGCAGCCAUCCGCAGUUAUGUCAUUGUUGCACGGUGUUUACCAGAGAUUGGAUGAGUUAAGAGGCAGAUUCACAGCUGUCGACAGAUUGACAUGCGAUGGAAAGUCCGUGAUGUGCAUCGCUGGCUUGUUCACACACCAAACAGACCCUGAAGCACAGGCUUUGCAGUCUGUUUCAGUUUGCUUGAGACUGAGACAAGAAAUCGCUUCUCUCAAUGAGACAGGCGGUGUUUCUCUUUGGUUAACAACUGUUUGCCAUGUAGGAGGUCCUGUUAUUGGUUCAUUGUUGGAGCCAAAGAAUCCAACAUUCGGAAUUGCAGGAAAAGUUGUUGAAGAAACAAUGCAGAUGAUUGAUUUGACUCCAAUUGGAACUUCUGUUGUUUGCGAGGAAGUUGCUUCUCAUUUACCAACUGAUAAGUUUGGAUUUGAGAAUUGCAAGGUUGGAAACUUCACUGCUAAGACUGUUACAUUACUUCCAAAUACUAAGAUAUAA